UCUUCAGACUUUGGUUGCUGUUUGACCAAAUAAAAAAGUCGCGUCGAAAAACUUUGUAAGAUUAAAACGUUUUUAAGAUUAAAUUAUUUAAUAAUAAACGCUGAAAAAUGUAAUUGCAAUAAAUGAAAACAAAAUUAUAAAUAUCAAUUGUUUUGAAAUAAGAAAAAAAUUGUGUUGAAAGCAAAUAUACGGCUGGGAAAAAGGCUUGCUUUCUGUGUUCAUUCUUUUUCCUCAUUCAUUCUCUCAAGCCGAAAAAUACUAAACGAAAAGAACGCAAAUCAUCCACGGUGGAGAAAAUUCGGAAUAGAAAAGCAAGUAAUUCAAUAUUGCCUGUCCGCAAAGUUCGUUUCCAAAAAUAAAAAUUACUCAAAUAUAUGAAAAAUCCAUGAAAUAAAAAAUAACACAAUAAAGAAAAAAUCACGGAAAUUUGUUAAAGCGGACAAAAUCGGGGUAAAUUGUGUGUGUGUGCGGUUGUGCUUUGUCGUCGUCGUUGCCGUCGCUCUCUUUCUCUGCUGGUGUGUGUUUGCCAGUGUGUCUCCCCCUCCAAUAGCGACAAACGUCGCGCCCAGAAAAUUUUUGUGUUAUUGCCAUCGCCACAAACAACAAUAACAACACCACCAACACCACGACACAACAAUAGCAACAAAAACAAAAUACAUUUAAUAAAUAAUUUUGUUAAAUUGGAAUAACUUUAAUUGAAAAUGCUACGAAUUAAUAUCAGCAAGACACCCGGAAUUUUAACGUUCACGGAAAAGGACUAUCAAAACAACACCAUAUGAAAAAUUUUCCAAUCUUAAAUGCGGCUUCAAAAUGAUCCGGAAUAGAUUCUAAAUAAUAAAGAAAACGCCAAGAAAAAGUUUAAAAAAAUAUUGUGAAACAGAGAAACAAGAAUGUCAUAAUUUCAAAAAGAUUGCAAUACAAUAAUAACAAUUGUAUACCAUUUUGCAACAAAGUAAUAAAAUAACAACAGCAAAAGAAACAAGAAAUGCCCCAUUUUUGUUCACCGUAACAGACCAGAGGAAAAAAGUUUGUAAAAUGUUUCGUUGUCAUUUAAAUUUUGUGGCGUUAAUUUUGAAUGUGAAAAAUGUUCAAAGUACUUGUCUUGAAAGACCCAACUACAACAAUAACAGCAAUAUUAUUAUGCACGUUGACAACUAUAAAAACAACAAUAACAACAUAAUUUUGUAAAACCCAACAAAAGUUAAGUGAAAAAGUUUCAAAUUAACCACUGAAAAAAGUUUCAAAAAAAAAAAAAACAGUCUUAGAAAAGUAUUAACUAAGACCAAACAUAUAGUAGAGCAACCCGUAAUAAGAAUUUGUAUUGAAAAGAAAAAAAAAUACAAACAAAAAAGAAUAUGUACAGAGUGUGUUCAAAACAGAUCAAAUAAUACCAACUACUUUUGGAAAUUAAUACAUAAUAAAUAGCAAAGCAAAAGCAAAAACAAAAAAAAAACGAAAAGAAAAUAAUAACCACAAACAUAGCAACAACGUAAUUUAAUAUAUUAGUGCAUUGUUGUUACCUUUCCCCCCCGACAACCCCUCUCGUUCAUUAUUUCCACACACCGAAACAAACAAACAAACACCGUUGGAAAAGUUAUUUUUUCCAAGAAAUUUGUGGUUUUUUGAUACGAACCCCGGCGACACUUUAAAUUCUUUGGAAAAAUCUGGACGGUGAAUCCCCGUUAGGCGCACUUGUUUUUUUUGUAACCAACAGAGCCACCGUUAGCGUUACUGCAGCUGCUGUUGCCACAUUGCUCCCACUUCCCGCGCAUACCACGACAAAUAGAACGGUCUUUAUAUGUAUAGACUAGAGGAUACAAGCGGCGCCGCCAUGGACAAAGCCAAACAAAAAUUAUCUGCAGCUUAUGUUUCCAGCGCGGCAGCUGCUGUCGAGGCUGGCAGUGGAGGAGGUCGCCAGCGACAUGCUCCACUCUACGGUCGUUUUGUUGGUGAAGAAGAGCUUCCUGCAACACAUCGCGAGGUUAUGCAUCAUCGAUCUAGUCCAACGUCUUCGUCAGAGGUGCGCGCCAUGCAAGCACGAAUUCCAACACAUUUUCGUGAUCCCGCAACGGCGCCGUUACGAAAAUUAAGUGUGGAUUUAAUAAAGACCUACAAACAUAUAAAUGAGGUUUACUACGCUAAAAAGAAACGACGUGCCCAACAGACACAAGGUGAAGACGAUUCCUCAAACAAAAAGGAACGCAAGUUAUAUAACGACGGUUAUGACGACGAUAAUCACGAUUAUAUAAUAAAGCAUGGUGAAAAAUUCUUGGAUCGCUAUGAAAUCGAUUCAUUGAUUGGCAAGGGUAGUUUUGGACAAGUGGUCAAGGCGUACGAUCACGAAGAGCAAGGUUAUGUAGCAAUAAAAAUAAUUAAAAACAAAAAACCGUUCCUAAAUCAGGCACAAAUUGAGGUUAAACUAUUGGAAAUGAUGAACCGGGCAGAUGCAGAAAACAAAUAUUAUAUCGUUAAACUCAAAAGGCAUUUUAUGUGGCGCAAUCAUUUAUGUUUAGUAUUUGAAUUAUUAUCCUAUAAUUUGUACGAUUUAUUACGUAAUACAAAUUUUCGUGGCGUAUCGUUGAAUCUAACGCGAAAAUUUGCUCAACAGCUAUGCACUGCUUUGCUCUUCUUGAGUACUCCCGAACUGAAUAUAAUCCACUGUGAUCUAAAACCCGAGAAUAUAUUACUUUGUAAUCCCAAGCGAUCAGCCAUUAAAAUCGUUGACUUUGGUAGCUCAUGUCAGCUGGGGCAGAGGAUAUAUCAAUAUAUACAAUCUCGUUUCUAUCGUUCGCCGGAAGUCUUACUGGGCAUACCUUAUGAUUUGGCCAUUGAUAUGUGGUCUUUGGGUUGUAUUUUGGUGGAAAUGCAUACAGGCGAGCCGUUGUUCUCCGGCUGCAAUGAAGUCGAUCAAAUGAAUAAAAUCGUCGAAGUGUUGGGCAUGCCACCCAAAUAUUUGUUGGAUCAAGCGCACAAGACUCGUAAAUUCUUCGACAAGGUCGUCUCCGACGGUUCAUAUGUAUUGAAGAAAAGUCAGAAUGGUCGAAAAUACAAACCGCCUGGGUCUCGAAAGUUGCACGAUAUAUUGGGCGUUGAAACGGGUGGACCUGGCGGCCGGCGUAUGGAUGAACCUGGACAUUCGGUGGCGGAUUAUCUGAAAUUCAAAGACUUAAUACUGCGAAUGUUGGACUUUGAUCCGAAAACACGCGUAACACCCUACUAUGCUCUGCAGCAUAAUUUCUUUAAGCGUACCUCAGAUGAGAGUACCAACACCGGUGCUGGUGCAGUACAACCUGGUAGUAUAGCAAUAUCUUCGCCUUCCGUUAGUUCAACGUCGUCAUCAACGGCCGCAUUGGUGCCUGGACAAAUGUUAUCGGCCAGUGCGGUGCAACAUUCAGAGCAACAAAGUCACGGCCUUCUCAUACACCCGUCUGCCCAGCAGCCAAACAGCUUAGGUGGCGGCGGCGGAAAUUUUAUGCGCUCACGGGCCAUCUGUGGUGGUAGUGGAGGCAGCAGCGGUGGUGGCCCCCCGAGUUUUGACCAAAGUAGUCUCAUGAUGAAGUCCCUCUAUGAACAACAACAACAGCAGCAACAACAGCAACUUUUGGCCGCUCAGCAGUCGUUGCAAGGCCUACUUUCGCCGGGCAACAGCAGUAGUUGUAGUAGUACCACACAAAACAAUAGUCACCAUCAACAAUAUCCCCUGGCCAUGGACUGUGACCCACCACUGUCGACUCAACAAAUGCCACCACCACCGCCGCCCCAACAGCAAAUGCGUUUUGGUCUUGGCUCAUCGUCGUUGCAGGGUGGCGGCGUAACAUCUACUACAUCUGGACCCGUUGGUGGCUCCUCAUCGUCGUCUUCUUCGGGCGGCUCAGCGGGGUCGGCCAGUUCACGUUUACGUCAAAAUUCAGGCAGCAGUGGCGGAUCGAACAGUGUGUUCGCCAAGCAACAUCCGCAACAAUCAAUGGUACACUCAUCGAGCCAACAGCCGCCACCACUGCCACCACAAGGUGUAACACAUCAUCACAAUUAUGCACCCGCAUCAUUGCCCUUAGAUCUGGUACAUCAUCCGCUUUCGGCGGCUGCCUCGCAUUUAAUGAUGACCGAUUCAAGUGUUAUAACAGCCUCUGCAUCAGCGACCGGACCUGCCUACUCGUCUUGGCCCAGUUCAGGGCCCAACAGUCAUGCUUUUGGCAUGCCACCCCCGCCGCAACCGAUUCAAUCGAGUAUGGUUGUAGGGGACAUGGUGCCGCCACCAAUACCGGCCCAUCACUUGCAGCAGCACCAUCAAAUGCAACAACUACAACAUUCACAGAGACGCAAUGACUCGCAAGGACGUCUACCAGCCGUCAGUGGGACGAGUAGUAGUUCGAAUUCGAAUAGUGUAGGUCCGGGCGGUGGCAGCAGUGCGACCGGUGGUAGUGGUGGUGGCAGUGGUUCAUCGGCCAGUGGGGACGCUUCCUCGCCAAUGGUAGGCGUUUGUGUUCAACAAAGUCCUGUGGUUAUUCACUAGUUCCAUGGAAUAAACUGCGUAACUGACAAUGUAGAAUGUGUCAAGCAUUGUCGUUGCCCAGCCCAGCCCAGCAUCCCCUUCCCAAUUCCUCUCAUUAAGUUUCGUUUCGUCGAGAAAACACAAAUGUAUAUUUUCUCCUAUUUCAUUUCCAUAACAAAAUAAUGACCUCCGCCACGAUCGUUUGCUCUUUUUAUAUUUAAUUUAAAUAUAUACAAACACAUAUACAUACAUAUUUUAUUUGUAAUAAUUAUAAUUAUUGUUAAAUAUAUAUUUGUAUUUAAUUUAAAAUACUGCAUAAUUUUAUCAGUUUCGUGAAUCGAAUAAAAAUAACGCAGUGCUAAAGCGAAUGCAAGCAAGGGACCAUGGCAAGGGUAGGAAGGCGGGGCCAGUUCACACACUUUUAGGAAUGACGUGCUUAUGAAUGUUAUAUUUUUACCGAUUAAGAUGCCUUAGAAGAACUGAGGUCGAAUGUAAAUUUAAGCAAGCGCGUAUAUACAAUUGUUAAUUUUUUAUAUAAUAUUUUAUGUAAUUUCAUAACCAAAAGGCAAUAAAAAUUGCAUCGCCUAUUGUCCACUGAAAACACACAGAAAUUUCCUAGCCUUACUGUGUGAAAUUGUAUUCGAAAGAAAUCAUAAAUGGCCUCCAUCCAUUAAAGCCUACAAUGCGACUUGAUGAGUAGAGCUCUUGGCACCGUGUCAUUUUUAUAAUAUUCAUAUACAUAAAGCAGUAUAUAAUAAUAUGCAUAUAUAUGUAGCUAUAUACAUAAAAUAACUGUUGAAAGAUAUCAUUAUAUUUUAUGUAAAUCAAGCAGCUGCUUUUAAAUAAAAAAUACAACAAAAAACUACUCAAACUAUCUAUGAAUAAACAAAUAAAAAAACAGCUCCAAUAUUCUAAAUCACAACCAAUUAAUUUCCAUCAAUUUGCUUUUUUCGCAUCCGUCCAUUUAAGAUACUAUAUAUAAUCCAUGCCCUUUUUCAAUAGAAAUAAUUGAGAUAUGUCUCCUUUUUAUUUUAUAAAAGCAGUUGCUGAACUUUAAAUCAUAAUGACUAUUAUUUGUUUCGAUAAAGUGCUACUUUAAUAUUAGCAAAUAAUAUAUUACAUAAAGAAUACGAACGUUUUAUUUGUUAAGAUUUUAAUUUAAAUAUUUAGUUGAAAAAGAAUUAAACAAACGAAAACACGUCAAAUAAAAAGGACUCAAUAGUUUACAUUUCAUUUGAAAAUAGUACACAGAAGAAAACCCAUCAAGCUCACACUAUACACACAUACAUACGCAUACAUACUGACGACGACUCCCACAUCAGCUCAUAUACAAAAACAAUAGUUGAAUUUAAUUUUAUUUUUCAUAAUUUAUUUAAUUUUUAGUUCAAUUUUUGUACACAUUUUUCCUCGCAAGCCUUAAAAAGCAAAAAACAAAUAUUUAAAACUAUGUAAAUGAAAGCAACAAUCUGCCUAUUUUAUUAAAAACAAAACUGUCACUCCACCCGUUCUACUAUUUUUAGUUUUAAUUUUAUAAUAAAGAAAGAAGAAAUUAAGUAUAGCGUUAAAACUUAAAA